AUUUACACAUAAACAGUAAAAGAGCAACAGGCCACUGAGGGACUGCCUUCCUGCCUGGCUUACAGAAGAGCUUUUCCCAAUUAGCUCAUGGCAGAAAACAACGAAAACCAAAACGGCCAGGAGUUGGAGGCUGUAGACAAAGGCUUUUUGGAGGAGGCGAUGAGUGUAUUAGCUGGUAGUGAUUCAGAAAACUGCUCCUAUUCACGGGGCUAUGUGAAGCGACAGGCAGUGUUUGCAUGUAACACUUGCACUUCUAAUCCUGAUGAGCCUGCUGGAGUUUGCCUAGCCUGUGCCAACAAGUGCCACGAUGGCCACGACAUAUUUGAAUUGUAUACAAAGAGGAACUUUCGCUGUGAUUGUGGGAAUAGCAAGUUUGGGGAAUUUAAGUGCCAGCUGAUUCCGUCCAAAGAUGCAGAGAAUGUGAAAAAUGAAUACAAUCACAAUUUCCAUGGCAGUUAUUGUACAUGUGACAGACUGUAUCCAGACCCAGAUGGCCAGGAUACUGAUGAGAUGAUUCAGUGUGUCAUCUGUGAGGACUGGUAUCACUCUGGGCAUUUAGGCUGCAUUGUGGUGGAACCUGAGGAGCUACAAGAGAUGGUCUGUGAGGGUUGCAUGAACAAAGCUCCUUUUUUAUGGACCUAUGCCACACACUUUGCCGUGCGUCCUGUGGUCAACAUCAGUCCUGAAGGUGGAGAGGAAGAGGUGGAUGUGGAGGAUGACAAGAAAGAAGCUACGGAGCCAAGCCAAAGUGUAAUUGAAAAUCCUUCUACCAGCGAGACGAAUGAGGUAGCAGAAAAAAGGAGUUCCACUUGCAAACGGAAACGUGAGGAAGAGAUAUCCGGGAGCUCUGUUCAUAAGCCAGCCAAGACAGUGGACUGCAGGCUGAAGGAGCUGGAGGCCCAGGCUGUGCAGAGACCCAGGGAGGGAGCAGUGUUCUGGCCUUACGACUGGCGCACGCAGCUCUGCACCUGUACCAGCUGCAAGAGGGCCUAUGUAUCUGCGCAGGUACAGUUUCUUAUGGACCCGUCGGACACACUGGUAGCCUAUGAGAACAGAGGUUUGGAGGAGCCAUUUGGACAAAACCCCCUCCUAGCCUGGACAGAUUCGAUGGACCGCGUGCAGCAGCUGGAGGUCAUCUAUGGUAUUCAGGAGAUGACUACAGCCCUCACCACAUUCUUCCAGCAGUGUACUGACGAGGGAAAGACAAUCACAGCAGAGGCAGUCCGACAGUGCUUUGAAGAACUACAGGAGAGGGUCAUAAAGCGCCGCAGAACCAAUGCUGGAAACCAGUAACGCUGCAACAUCAUAUGCUGGACUCAUAUGGUGCUCUCUGAAUGUUCCCCAAUAAAAGUUUGUUGAAAGCAUUUGAAUGUAAAAUGCCAAAACUGUAGCAUUGUUAUGUUUAGCCUUUA